CUGUACCACCGCCGCGCGCGCUCCACGCGGAUUCAUACAUUUGUUCGUCCGUGAACACAGAACCGCGCGGUGUUUCCUCAGCAGGGCAGUGCUCCGGGCUUGCAGACGUAGCAGUCCCAGACUGAGCUGCUUGGAGACAUCCCACAACACUGAGAAGAAUCAAGGACCAGCGAACCACCACAGCAGAACCUGCCUGUCCUGUGAUCGUCUCUAAGAAAAGGCUGGAAGAGGAAAAUGGCAACGCCAAAGAACACUCCCCGUGGGUCGAGCACGCCUCUGUCCCCCAACCGCAUCACCAGGCUGCAGGAGAAGGAGGACCUCUCCAACCUCAACGACCGCCUGGCUGUCUACAUUGAUAAGGUGCGCUCUCUGGAGGCCGAGAACGCCAUCUUGCGAGUGCGCAUCACAGAGUCGGAGACUGAGGUGAGCCGAGAGCUGACGGGCCUGAAGAACGCCUACGAGGCAGAACUGGCGGACGCCCGCAAGACGCUGGACUCAGUGGCCAAAGAGCGCGCUCGGCUGCAGCUGGAGCUGGGGAAACAGCGGGAGGACCACAAGGAGCUGAAGGCCAGGAACACCAAAAAGGAGUCGGACCUGGCUGCUGCCCAGCAGAGGCUCAAAGAUCUGGAGGCCCUGAUGAACUCCAAGGAUGCCUCUUUGACCACGGCUUUAGGGGAGAAGAGGAAUCUGGAGGUGGAGAACCGGGAGCUGAAGGCGCAGGUUUCCAAGCUGGACACCAGUCUGGGCGACACCAGGAAGCAGCUGCAGGAUGAGAUGCUGAGGAGGGUGGAUGGAGAGAACCGCAUCCAGACCCUGAAAGAGGAGCUGGAGUUUCAGAAGAACCUCCAUUCUGAGGAACUGCAGGAAAUAAAACGGCGCCACGAGUCCCGCAUGGUGGAGAUGGACAACGGCCACCAGCAGGACUUUGAGAGCAAGCUGGCGGAAGCACUGGCAGAGAUGCGCAGCCAGCACGAGCUGCAGGUCCAAAUGUACAAAGAGGAGAUUGAGAAGACGUUCAACGCCAAGCUGGAAAGCGCUCGGCAGUCGGCAGACAGGAGCAGUCACUUGGUGGGAGCGGCCCACGAGGAGCUGCAGCAGACACGGAUUCGUCUAGAGUCCACGUCGGCCCAGCUGAGCCAGCUACAGAAACAGCUGGCAGCUCGCGAAGCAAAGAUCCGAGACCUGGAGGACGCUCUGACCCGCGAGCGGGACUCCACCCGCCGCCUGCUGGCAGACAAGGACAGAGAGAUGGCAGAGAUGAGGCAGCGGAUGCAGCAGCAGCUAGAUGAGUACCAGGAGCUCCUGGAUGUGAAGCUGGCUCUGGACAUGGAGAUCUGUGCCUACAGGAAACUCCUGGAGGGAGAGGAGGAAAGGCUGCGCCUCUCCCCCAGCCCUCCUCCCACCAGAGUGACAGGAAGUCGCUCUUCAGCCUCUGCAGCCCGCUCAGUCCACAGCAGCGCCCAAAGCUCCCCGGCUAAGAGACGCCGCCCCAACGAUGUCGACAGUGAGGCCUCCAGCUUUGGAGGCGGGGCCCUGACCCGCACUCGCAUCACCCAGCAGGCUUCGGCUAGCGGGCGGGUCACAGUGGACGAGGUGGACCUGGAUGGGAAGUACGUGAGACUCAGCAACAAAGCCGAUGAGGACCAGAAUCUGGGCAGCUGGCAGGUGAAGCGCCAGGUGGGAUCCGGCACUCCCAUCGCCUUCAAAUUUCCCGCUAAAUUCACCCUGAAGGCGGGUCAAAGGGUCACGAUAUGGGCCUCAAACGCUGGCGGAUCUCACAAUCCUCCCUCAGAUCUGGUGUGGAAGUCUCAGCCUUCAUGGGGCACCGGAGACCAGUUCCAGACCACCCUGAUCAAUGCCAGCGGAGAGGAAAUGGCGAUGAGGAAGGUCACCUACACACACUUUGAUGAUGAUGAAGACAACAUGCAGGUGGCGCACAGCACCUGCGGGGACGGCGAGUACAACCUGCGCAGCCGCACAGUGGUGUGUGGCUCCUGCGGCCUCCCCUCAGACAAGUCCAGCAAUUGCUCCGCUUCCUCCUCCACCCGCUCCGUGCGCAGCGGAGGGCUCUCCGAGGCGCUGCUGCCUACCUCCUACAUCUUCAGCACCAGCACUCCGCGCAGGACUGGACCCAGAGUCGAGAGCUGCCCCAUCAUGUGAAGACUUCAUCCUUCCUUUUUAAAAAAAAAAAAAGUUUUUGUAUCUUUCAGCUUUAUAUUAUUUUAAGCAAGAAGUGCAUGCAUUGAAGCUUUAAAUAUUUUUUUAGAUAUAGAUAUGCAUGAAGACAGCAGCUGUUUAUUAUUUACCUCAUUGCUUUGUUAUUUUUAAACUGCAUAUGUUUUUUUUAUCCUUGAAUGUUGUACUUAUUCUGAAAAAGAAGGUUUGUAUUAAAAACUGAUGAUAUAAACAAACUUAUGCGAGAUAUUUUAUACUUUGCUGAUUAAUAAAAGUUUUACAGAAAGCUGUAAUUGUUUUAUUUAUGUUCUUGCACUUCACUGGAUUGC